AUGGCAGGCACCUUGAGAACACCCCUUGUGACUGGCCUCCUGCCUCCAGUCCACAACCUUGUGAGCUACAUCAAAUGGCUGGGAGAUGGCAUGGACGGGCUGCUGGGUUACAUUGUGGCCCUGCAAAUGCAGGCCCAGAAUGCGUCAGCACUAGAAAAAGCAGCUGCCCAACAGGAGCUGGCCUCCAAACAGGCCCUCUUGCAGCUGGAGAUAGAGCGGGUCCGGCAGGAGGCAGCGGCUGCUGUCAACGCAGCCCUAGGCGAACAACUCUUGACAGGAGGUCGGUUGCAAGCUGCGGAAGAUCAGGUGGCUAAGCACGCCGACGCCAUGCUGCAGUUCGCAGAGGAAAAGGAGCGAGCAUUCCGAGCGGAGGUUGAGAAGUGGCAAGCCCAGCUGGCCUGCAGUACACAGCAGACUGUUGAUCUCCUGGCGGGGAAGGAGAAGGAAUGGGCUGCGGCAGCCAAGCGGGAAAGGGAAGAGUUGACUGAGCAGUUGGAGAUGAAGAUUGAGGAGCUGGAGGAGGUUUCUAAAUCUCUGGAGAAAGAGAAGGGCAAGAUGGAGAAGAUGAAAGCGAAUGGUGGUCGGGAGAGGAUCCGACCAGGCUGA